ACUGGCGUGCACCGCUCGGCACAUCAGCUUUGGUGUUUUUUUUUUGUUUUUUGUCAUUCCACCGUGUCCGGGUAGUAAAAAACAAGUUGUUUGCCGUUAUUAAACCAACAGAAAAUUAUAAUUAGAAAAAAAAACACUACACAAACAACUCAAAAAAUAUAUUCAUUGCAAUUACUCAGUUGGUUGUUUUUUGAUUCACUGUAAACAAAAACCACACAAACUUGUGUAAAUACACCGGGACGGUGUUUUCCGAAGUCGUCGCCAAAAAUGCAUCCGAGUUACAAGUACGUUUUAAUUUUAUACGUGUGCGGUCUUAUGGUGUGCUGUACCAGUUACCAAAGUCAGAACCAACAAGAACCAAGCACUGACACCUCCGACAGUGGUCAACCGUUGUUGACACCGGAUGCCCAUGGACCGGCUACCGAUGAGAUCGCCUCACCGGAUGAACUCGAACAGUACAGGCUGGAAGACUACUGGUGGAUAAUACUGUUGUCGACUUUACUGCCGUUGUUCAUAUUUUUUAAAAUCGAGAGUAGCAUCUGCAAGAAUAAUUCUUCGUGGCAAAAAAUGUGUGACGUAGAAUGUAAACCACUAAACCCGAAAAAUAGACGUCUGACGUUGCCCGACUUGACUUUGGCCAAACACGCUAGACGAGAAUCGGGUCGGCAGCGUAUGAGAUCUCCAAUACUUCGCAGGAAGAAGUCGGCAGGUAACGCCACAUCACAAAUGAACAAUACAAGGAAAGGUUCGUUUGAAAGAAACGAUGACUCGCAAUCAGACAACAAAAGAGUUCAUUUAAUAAGGCGUUAUUAAAAUAAUACAUCACCAUUUAAAUGUUUAAUACAUUAAUAUUAUUUUCAUUGUAUUAUAUACUCGUGUGCCAAUAAUAUAUAUAUAAAUAUAAAUUGUGAAUUUCAAUAUUGUGCACAAUCAAUGUUGUCGCUUAAACUACAAAAUAUACAAAAAUAAUAAUAAU